UUCAAGGUGACCAAAUUUCAACCAAGAAAAUUUCCCCCUCUUUGUCUAAGGCUUAAAGCUAAAGCUCUUAUGCUCCUCUCAAUUCUAAGGCUCUGUUGCACUUACUCAAAACAAACACCAUGAUCUCACCGACCGAAAUCCAAUCGAGGAGCGCAAAACCAGCAAAAGCAACAAACACCCACAAAAAAAUUUACUGCCAAAAAGGAAAAUCUAUCAUUUCUUUCUACCCAAGUUAUGGCCUUGGAUUGGCUUCUCCGGCCAGUUUCUCCUGUGUUCAUCAUCGUUUUUGUCCUCCAAUCUACUUGCACAACUUCCAUAAUCCAAUCCGAAGCCUUGAUUAAGCUAAAGAAUUCGUUUACCAACACAACCGCUCUUAGUUCUUGGUUGCCUGGAUCAGCUCCUUGUGACCGAGGCGCUCAGUGGGAUGGACUUCUUUGUAGCAAUGGCGUUGUCAUCGGUCUUCGCCUUGAGAAUAUGGGUUUAUCAGGAAAAAUUGAUGUUGAUGCAUUGGUUGCUAUGUCAGGACUCAGGAGUGUAAGCUUUGAAUAUAAUUCUUUUUCCGGUUUGAUUCCUGAAUUCAGUCGUUUAGGCUAUUUGAAGAAUAUAUACUUGACAGGUAACCAGUUCUCAGGUGAGAUCCCACCAGAAUUCUUCUUGAGAAUGGAAUCCUUGAAGAAAGUUUCGCUUUCAAAAAACAAGUUUUCGGGAAACAUUCCAUUAACAUUACUGCAUUUGUCCAAUCUCAUUGAAUUGCGUCUUGAAGAUAAUCAGUUCACUGGGACUAUUCCAUCUGUAGAGGAAACAAGGUUGAAAUCUUUCAAUGUGUCGAAUAAUAAGUUAAGUGGGGUGAUCCCGCAAGGUUUAACAAAAUUCAACAAGAGUUCCUUCCAGGGAAAUGACGGUCUUUGUGGAGAAAAUAUUGGAAAAGUGUGUAAUGCAGCUAAUACUCCAAUUGAAACAUUAGAUCCAGGGGCCUUCGCCACAACCAGUGCUAUGAACAUUACGAAAAACGAUGCUAUUAGCAUUAAAAAGACAGGUGCAGGGAUUAUAGUAUUGGCCUUGAUGUUUCUUUGUGUAGCAGUUAUGAUCAUACUUAAAAUGAGAAAAAAAGAAGAAGAAGAUUUUGAAGCUGGUGGAAUGGACAAUACUACUACUGAUCAGGAGGCAGCUGAAACAGUAGAAGUGCAAGUUUCUAUGCCAGUUCUGCUGAAGGAAGUGGACCUAAACAAAAAACCAGGACCGAGUCGAAGAGCACCAGCUACUGCCAAGGGAGGUAUAGGUGAAUUAAUAAUCAUGAAUAAUGAAAAGGGUGCUUUUGGGCUGAUAGAUUUGAUGAGAGCUGCUGCAGAAGUGCUUGGAAAUGGGGGAUUGGGAUCUUCAUAUAAAGCUCUGAUGGAUAAUGGUGUAACUGUGGUGGUCAAGAGAUUGAGAGAAAUGAAUGCGUUGGGGAAAGAUGGAUUUGAUGCGGAGAUCAGAAGGCUGGGAAGUCUAAGGCAUCAUAAUAUUUUGCCACCGUUGGCUUUUCAUUAUCGGAAAGAUGAGAAGCUGUUGAUCUAUGAGUACAUCCCCAAAGGAAGUUUGCUUAAUUCGUUGCACGGUGAUAAGGGAUCUUCACAUUGUGAGCUAAAUUGGCCUGAUCGUCUCAAGAUUGUUCAAGGAAUUGCUAGAGGUUUGGGUUAUCUGCAUACUGAACUUGCUUCCUAUGACUUGCCUCAUGGAAAUCUCAAAUCAAGCAAUGUCCUUCUUACUCCUGAUAACGAAUCAUUGCUUUCAGAAUAUGGAUUCAGUCCACUAACCAAUCCUUCAGUUAUAGGACAAGCUCAAAUUGCCUAUAAGGCCCCAGAAAUUGCAAAAUUUGGAAUAUCCCCUAAAUGCGACGUAUACUGUUUAGGACUAAUCAUUCUUGAAAUCCUCACUGGAAAAUACCCAUGUCAAUAUAUUAACAAUGACAAAGAAGGGAUUGAUCUAGUUCAAUUUGUGGAACCAGCAAUUUCUGCAGGGAAAGAAUGUGAAAUACUUGACCCUGGAAUUGCAAGCUCUUCAAAUUCACUUGGUGAUAUGAAGCAACUCCUUCAUAUUGGAGUUCAUUGUGCUGCAAAUAAUCCUACGCAACGGUUAGACCUAAGAGAAGCUAUUCGAAGGAUAGAGUCGAUAAAACUGGAGAUUACAGCCCCAGAUUCCAGAACAGUAGAAGUACUACCAUCACUUAAAGAUAGCUAUGCAGAUGCUCCUGCUGCUAGUACUAGUACUAGUACUAGUACUAGUACUCAACAAGGUCAUGCUCAGAAAACUAGAAAGGAAUAUGGAUCACAGAGCUUUACUGAUAGUGAACUAUUUUCCUUUGCAUCUCCUCGCUCAAACUUAAGCAAUGAGAAAUAGAAAUGAAACAUCACAGAACAUAAUCAUCAGUUUCUGAAGCAGCAUCUGC